AUGGAACGCCAUAACUGUCUUAUGAUAUUUUGUUUUCUUAUCCGUGGUGUUUUUCUUAUCAUCUUCGGUUCUUGUAUCAUGAUAUUCGGUGCUCUGGUUGCUAUGAUCGGUGUCAGUGACCUUAUACACGGCUCUUUAUCCAAGGUACUCGGUACUUUCCACAUUAUACCCGGUGUGCACGCCAUUAUACUCACUGCUAAUCACUUUAUACUCGGUGCGUUUGCCAUUAUAUUCGGUGCUUAGAUCAAUUUUAGCGGUGCAGCUUUCUUUAUAUUCGGUGGCUAGUUUGCCAUGCUCGGUUCUUUGUCCGUAGUCAGUUUGCACCUGAUUUGUGGUCAGUUUAGCAUCCGGUUCGAUGCGAACAUAUUGCUACUCGGUGCAAACAACUUGCUACUCGGUGCUCAGCAAUUCGGUUCAUAUAGGAUUAUAUUUGGUGCAUUU